CAUGUUUCGAUAAACAAUAGAACACUUCUGCCAAUAUUUUGUGGACUCUACAGUUACAAGGUAAUUCUUUAGUUGAUCUUGUCAAACUUCUAAAAAAGAUGUAGCUACUAAACUUAUACAUUAAUUCUUUGAAAUUUAUAGCUAUAACCUUUCCCAAGCAAUUUUUAUAUAGAAUUUCCAUAUUUUUUUUUCUUGUACGUGUAUACUUUAAUUUGAGACAUCUAUGACAAUGAAGUCGUAAUGUCUAACAUAAAUGCAAUAAGACCAUAGAUUGUUUUUUAAAAUCGCUUUUCACAUAUCUAAAUAAAUUCGUGCUGUCUGUAUUCUAGGCUGGUGGCAAAACGAUUCGAUUCGUGGUCAUGAACAACUUACUCCCAACCAAUAUCUACAUUGACACAAGAUACGACUUGAAAGGAACUACGAAUAGAAGACGAAGUAAUAGAGUUUGUAAGGACAGAGACUUUGCUGAAAGAUAUCCGCAGGGACUUAAACUGGACCAGCAAUAUGCUGAAGAUUUGCUGACACUAUUGAAUAAUGAUAGCACGGUAGUUUAA